CGUUAUGCAAGAACAGUAUUUAAAACACAGCUAACGUUAAAGUUUUUGUAUUCUUAUUACUUUGAGCUCAAUUGUAUCUGUCGUUUAAGACAAACUGGAACUUUGAUUUAAAUAGAUCUGAAAUUCAGGCAUACAGCAGCAAAGAACAUGGCAGUCUCCUUGCUUAGGGUAGGACGAAUUGGAACGCUUAAGUCUCUGCUGGCAGAGAGUUCUGUAAGAGUUCCUGUUGUCACUCUGAGCACAAAAUCUGGGGACAAGAAGUCCAAAAAGCCCAGCAAAGAAAAAGCAGCUCCAAAAACAUACUUUGAUAUUGAGACACUUGUCCAGCACAGAGCAUACGUGGAAUUCCCCAAGAAUGAGCUUACAGUUGUUGCUGCAUCCACAGAAGCUGCAUCUGCGGCCACCCCUAUAAGUGCAGAAGCACCAGCCACCAUUCCUACUGUUGAAGCUGCUAUAUCUGCCACUAAUCUGACUCCUGCAGCUGAAGCACCUGCAGCCGAAGCCGCUGCCCCUGCAGCCGAAGCCCCUGCCCCUCCAAUUGAAACCCCUGCAGCCGAAGCCCCUGCAGCCGAAGCCCCUGCACCCGCUGCCCCUGCAGCCGAAGCCCCUGCAGCCGAAGCCCCUGCACCUGCUGCCCCUACAGCCGAAUCCGCUGCCCCUUCAGUCGAAGCCGCUGCAGUCGAAGCCGCUGCCCCUGCAGUCGAAGCCGCUCCCCCUGCAGCCGAAGCCCCUGCACCUGCUGCCCCUACAGCCGAAUCUGCUGCCCCUUCAGUCGAAGCCGCUGCCCCUUCGGUCGAAGCCCCUGCAGUCGAAGCCGCUGUCCCUUCAGUUGAUGCCCCUGCAGUCGAAGCCGAUGGCACCGCAUCCGAAGCCUCUGCCCCUUCAGUUGAAGUUCCUGCAGUUGAAGCCGCUGCCCCUGCAGCCAAAGCGACAUCCCCUGGAGUUGAAGCAGCUGCCCCUUCACUCAUUUCUGAAGCUGCCCCUAUUGUAGAGGCUGUCACUGAAGUAGCUGCAGAAGUUGUGGCUGAUGAUGCCCCUGUUGCAGAUACAGCUCCUGCUGAAGAGCUGAUAGAUUCUGCCCCUGUGGUCACAGAUGCUGCUGAGGUUCCGGCUGGGGAGACACCUGAGGCUGGAUUGGACCCUAUUCAGAAUCUUUUCCUACAUUCAAUCCGUGCAUACACCACAAAGAGCAAUGCUGCUGGUGGUCUUGAUGCAGGCCCUGAGUACCAAAAGGCUCUUGCUGAGGAAAUAACUAAACUACAGCGGCUGUAUGGUGGUGGUGACCUGACUUCAUUUCCAGAUUUCAAAUUCCCUGAGCCCAAAUUUGAUGAAGUAUCUUCCAAGUAAAUCAUCUAUAUUUGUGUGUACCUCUCAUGUGCAUUUUGUCAAUUGUCUUUCAUCUGUAAACCUUAAUAUAUUGUGAGAUUAUACAUGCGAGUCUAAAUAGCCAUUUUUCAAACAUUCUUGUAUGUGUGAUGAAAAAGCUGAUUUAUGUGAUGCACAUGUGGAUGUUUGUUUGAAUUGUUUGGGGAAAGAGCUGAAUAAACUGAGCCACACAC